CGGAGUGGCGGGACGAAGCUCUCGCCAUGUUCGCGGAGAGGCGCCCUGGCCGAGGCAGCGAGAGAGCAAACUUUUCUAUGAAGGUUGUGCUCACAGGUGUUGUGGGAGAUCCUGCAUUAAAUGAAUACUCCAGCAGCUCUUGCUCACGUGAUGUUGUCUCAAAUACAAAUCCAGUAGCUGCCUCACAGUGUCAUUCAAAUGGGUCAACAUACUGUAAUGAUUCCAGAAUAGUCAGUGAAUCUGCAGAACAAAAGUAUCCAAUCAGACAAGAAAGUAAGAGUCUUUUAAAGCAGAGGAAAGCAAAAGACGAUGAAAAGAAAUCAGACAAGAAAAAGCAAGAUGGACAGGAUUCUUCUGUCAGAAUUGUGAAACGGGCUGCAUUACAGACCUCUGCAGACAGCAAAGAUUGCAUGAAGCCAGACAGGUUCAAUAAAACUGCAAGCAAGAAGUCAACUCAAGCUCCAAAAAUAGAGUCUUUUCCUGCAUUUGAAAAUACUAUUUUAGAUUUCCACAAGUUGCAGAGUUUGGGAAGCAGUGAGAUGUUGAAUGUGCAUCAUAAAAAUGGACAAGCAUGUUCAGCGGAAAGUAACAUUAUGUGCCUUAGUCAACCACAGAUGUCUCCUUUGUUGAAGACAGAGGAAGCCAAUUCUGUGGAAAGCAAAGCCUCAUCAAAAACUUUAAAAGAAACAGUAGCAAGCUUAAUUCCCUCUUCAUUUGAUGGUAGAGUAUUUCCUGGAACAUCUACAGAUGGCUCUGCUCAGCCGCGUGUGUCCUGGGCCAUGGUACUUUCACAGUCCCCAAAGAAAACUUUUUCAUCACCAGCAUCUGAAUGUCUCCCCAGAUACAAAGGGAGGCAGGACAGUCAAGCAAAGGCAGAAAUAAAAAAUUAUGGUAGUGAAACUGAGCUUGAAGAAGGGUCAGAAAAGAAGAAGAAAAAGAAGAAAAAGAAAAAGAAGAACAAGUCACCUGCUGAUGUAGGCAAGCCUUAUAAUGAAUCUACUACAGUGCAGGAACCGCCGAGGAUUGAGGAUGCUGAGGAGUUUCCUGAUCUGGCAGCUGCUUCUGAUCAGAGAAACAGAUUAGGAUCUCAGAAAACAUCAUUUACUUCUGCUGGCAGAAAGCAAUCUGAAGAAACAUCCAAGAGCAGUGGUAAGAAGAGUCAAAUUCCUGUGCAGUUGGAUUUAGGUGGCAUGUUGGCAGUCUUGGAGCAGAAACAGCAAACAGAGAAGUCCAAACAAUAUUCUAAACCUGUGGUGUUUUCAGUUGCUGGUGCCAUACCAUUGCUUUCUAAAGAAUCUGCUACAGCCACAAAAAAUCAUCGGUUAAACCAAGAAAAGAUGCCUCAUAACCCCUUGGAUUCCAGCGCUCCUUUGGUGAAGAAAGGAAAGCAGAGAGAAGUCCCUAAAGCAAAGAGACCAACGCCUCUUAAAAAGAUUAUUUUGAAAGAACGAGAACUGCGAAAACAGCAACACCUGUUAGAACAGACAGCAGUACCAAAGGAUGGAGGUAAUUCCUGUGUGUCUGCAGAAAAUGCUACUGAAGAUGAAGCACUUCCACAGGAUAGUCAAGCAGUUGUUCCUGUAAUGCAAGUUGUAGAAGGGCUUCUGGGGAGCACAGAGAUCAAGGAAUCUACAGAAAGCUCUAUGACUUCAAAGCAGUCAACAUCUAAUCUUCCAAAAAUCCAUAGUAGAAGAUUUAGAGAUUAUUGCAGCCAAGUACUUAGUAAAGAAGUUGACAGUUGUGUGACAGAUCUCUUGAAAGAAUUGGUUCGGUUCCAAGAUCGUUUGUAUCAGAAAGACCCAGUAAAGGCGAAGAUAAAACGCAGGCUUGUUAUGGGCCUUAGAGAAGUUUUGAAACAUCUGAGGCUGAAAAAACUGAAGUGUGUCAUCAUCUCUCCUAACUGCGAGAAGAUUCAGUCAAAGGGUGGAUUGGAUGAGACUCUUCACAACAUUAUCGACUGUGCCUGUGAGCAGAAUAUACCAUUUGUUUUUGCUCUUAAUCGCAAGGCCCUGGGUCGCUGUGUGAACAAAGCAGUGCCUGUGAGUGUAGUGGGAAUUUUUAGCUAUGAUGGAGCUCAGGAUCAUUUUCAUAGAAUGGUACAACUGACAACAGAGGCCAGGAAGGCCUACAAAGAUAUGGUAGCAGCUUUAGAGGAAGAAGCUGAAGGAAGACAAACAGAAACUGAACUCAGCAUCAUAACCACUGAAUUUGAAAAAAGUUGCUUGUCAGAAACUGGUAAAACUUCUCCCAAGGACAAUGAUGAGGAUAUACCAAAUUACAUUAAAAUCUGGAAGAAAAACCUUGAAGAAGAAUAUAACCCCUAUGCACUGGAACUGGAAAAGAGUGCAACUGCUGACAUGGCGGUUUUGAAUUCAGAAGAGCAUCACUAAAUGCAGAUCAUAUUCUGCUAGGCUUUCAAGUUUUAUUUUGUAAUAGAUCUACAAAUAUUUUAUCUGAAAUUAAAUAUCCAGGUGGGAGAGUGGCAAAAAAAAGAAAAGUUUAAGUCAGAUAAGUAAGCUGUUCUGAAUCUCCUUACAGAAAAUGCACACUGGAGUAUAUAAGACACUGGCUCAUUCUUCUAAGUUCUGUGUACUUGGCUGAUUACUAUAGUAGAUGAUAACAGCAAAUAAGUUGUUUAAACCAAGAACAACCUGAACAAGUUUGGCAUAUUAGUAAUGGUCUUAUGAACUUAAAUUUGUUAACAGUGCAAUAUACCAAAAGAAGUUUGGGGGAGAGAUUCCAUAUGCUGGAUGUUUGGAGCUUUGGGGAUUUGUUUUCUAUUUCUAGUUCUUGUUUAAAGAACUCAAGCUCUUUUUAAAAAAAAAAAUUGUUGUUGUUUUUGUUCUGUUUUUCAUAAUCCUGCUCAGGUGAGCAGUUUGGCAUAAGUGUCACUUUAUACCCUUCAGCAGGAGGUGAAUUCUGGGCAGGCAGCUAGUUGGAAACUAGUUCAGGAAAGCUGUAGUGUUGAAGAUUACCAGUUAGUUCUUUCCCUGUGAUAAUUUUUUUUUUGCUCUCUGAUACUACUGCAAUCCGUUCACUACAGAUCCUGCUUUUGAGCCGGAGGACAUAAGAUGGACCAGCUUGCUUUCCUGUCUGUGGCUUUCCAUGCUGACAUAUUCCUCAUUCCUUUGUUUCAGGGUUAUGCCAGUAUACAUAUAUGCAAGAGUUUUUAAGUCAAUAUCAGUUUGUAUCUAAGGUAGGGAAAAUUUUUAUCCAGUACAUUAAGUAAAUUUUGAAAACAAACUGUGCUCAUAAUGCUGUGGUUGAGCUCUUUCAUGGGAAUGUAAAUAUGAACACCUCUGUUUACAGCUUACAGAUGUAAGAGGACAAGCCUAAGAAAGUCAUUGGAGGAGGCACAUAACUGAUCCACUGUUCUGAAAAAGAGAUACAGAUACUGUGUGCUGCAGCCAGCCUCUCUGUCAUGCAUUUAUAAAUAGUGGAACACAUACUUUGGAAAGUAGCUGCCUCACUGCUGUCAGAUACAGAAGUCUUUAAACUAUUCUUCGGUGACGUUGCACCUGCUUAAAAAUAAUUAAGAUAAAAGAAAGAAAAAUGAUUUCAGAUACUUCUGCUUAAUGGAUGCAGAAGGCCAAAUCUCAGCACUGUAAUAAAACUGAAAUAAGUGGGUCCGCACAUUUUCAAGCUGCAGUUGUCCACUAGAAAUAAGUGAACACAAAUGCAGUCUUGAAAUUCACUCCCUUUGUAAGUGUUUGAAGCUACCAUAGUUAACUCAAUGUGGAAAAAUAACUUGGGUGUUUUGUGAGUCAUCUUUAUUUUGAGCAUUAGUCAAAAAUUCUUCAUUUGGUACAGAAGCUUUAUAACCAAAAGGCAUAUGUUUGAACAAAUGAACUUGCUUAUACCAGAAAAGAUUGUUCUUCAGAAUACUAGGAACUGUGUUCAAGGGUAAAUGCUUGAAUGGAGAAUGGAAGAGUGGAAGUGCCUUUGAAAUAAAGUUAUUCAAAUCUUA